AUGCAUGUUUCUCUUGUGCCUGUCAAUGUUUCAUUUAGAAUGGUGGAUGAGGAAUGUAGUGAUGCUCUCGCCUGCGUGGCACAGCAGUGCAAGAACCCCUGUGCCAUCUACGAUAACUGUGCCCCCAAUGCUGAAUGUCACGUGACCCGGCAUCGCCCUGUGUGCUCUUGCCCAGACGGCUUUGUCGGGAAUCCCAACAUUCAGUGUCUUGUCGCCGGGUGCCGUGCCAAUUCGGACUGCCCAGUGAAACAGGCAUGCAUCAACCAGGAGUGUGAGGACCCCUGUGACUUCGAAGACUGCGGCAUCAACGCUGAGUGCCGUGUCGUCAACCAUCGCGCUCAGUGUUAUUGUCCGGACAGUUUCCUGGUGAGGCUGGAAUACCACAUGCAGUGUUCUGGCGACCCGUACGUGCGGUGUGAGCGCCCUGACUGCGUGGUCGACGAGGAGUGCCCAUCAUGGCUCGCUUGCAUCGACCAGGAGUGCGAAGACCCAUGCAACUGCGGCCCCAACGCUGACUGCCGCGUUGUCAACCAUCGUCCUCAGUGCUUGUGUCGACAAGGCUAUGAGGGCAACGGCUUCGUUGAGUGCACGCUGAAACCCGUGGGUGAACCGUCCUUCAAGGAGUGCCAGACCGACGGUGACUGCCCGAGCAAGCUGGCAUGCUUCGACGGCCGCUGCGAUGACCCCUGCCUCGUCGUCAAGCCAUGCGGGGUCAAUGCCAAGUGCGAGGUCCUGAACCGCCGCCCUCAGUGUUCGUGCCCGCCCGGAUACACAGGCAACCCGAACGUCAACUGUUAUCUGACUGCCCCCCGCCCGGCCCGUAAGUGCGAGAUAGACAUCGACUGUUUUAAAAUUGACAAGUGUUUGGAUUCACGCUGUCAAAACCCGUGCUUCGCCGCCAACCCUUGCCCUCAGAGCUCCGUGUGCAAACCCUACAGGCACCAGCCCUACUGCAUAUGUCCUGAGGGCACGACCGGCGACCCAAACGUUGAUUGUCGUCCAGUUCCGCCCUUGGAGCCCGUCUGCCGCUCCGACGUCGACUGCCCGACGGAUGAGGCGUGUAUCAACCUGAUCUGCGUGGACCCGUGCCUGAUGGAGGACCCGUGCGGUCGCAACGCCCUCUGCAGGACCCAGCAGCACCGUCCAACCUGCUCGUGCCCCGAAGGAUGGGCGGGCAACCCCCAGAUAGAGUGCUUCCAGCCCGAUUGCCUGGUGGACGAGGACUGUCCCACGGACAAGGCGUGUGUCAGCCAGAACUGUGUAGAUCCGUGCUCGUACAGCGGCCCCGCCUGCGGACUCAACGCUGAGUGCAGAGCCGUGCUGCAUCGUGCCCAAUGCUAUUGCCCGGCGGGUAUGCAAGGCAACCCCAGCGUGGCUUGCGUGGCGGUGGGAUGCACCUCCAGCGAUGACUGCGCUGACGAUAAGGCCUGUGACCGCCUCAACCGAGUCUGUAUCCCCGUGUGCGAGGCCUCCACGUGCGCCGUGCAGGCCGAGUGCAACGCCGCCAACCACGCAGCCAUGUGUGUGUGCCCGCCGCCACUCAGGGGCAACCCAUACCUCCAGUGCUUCCAAGUGCAAGAGCCGCCCAUAACCGAGGCCCCGGUGGAGCCCGAGUGCCGCAAAGACCCCGACUGCCCCUCGCAGCACGCCUGCAUCAACGCCAUUUGCCAGAACCCCUGCCUGCUCGGAAACCCCUGCCUGCCGUCCCAGGAGUGCCGCGUGGUCGACGGAGUGCCACUCAGAACCAUGGUUUGCGAGUGUCCACCCAACCAGAUCUUGGUCAAGGAUGGCGUCUGCAUCAGACCAGGUAGGGAAGUGGAGCCAAAGAUAUCUGAACGCAGCGUGGUCGAACCGCAGUGCCGCGAAGACGAAGAUUGCGCCGACCACGAGGACUGUCGGGAAGGCACCUGCGUGAACGUGUGCCGCCCUGACCCGUGUGGCCUGAAUGCCAUCUGCAUGGGAGAGAACCACGAAUCGCGCUGCCAGUGUGCCCCGGGCUACCUUGGCGACCCCUUCGUCCAGUGCAGGAGGAAACCCGCCGUGUCCGUGCCCCCCGACCCCGAGUGCACGACCAACGACCAGUGCAGCGACUCAGAGUCGUGCGUCAACCAGUACUGCGUGAACCCGUGCAUCCUGAACGACCCUUGCGCACCGAACGCCUUCUGCUACGUGCGCGAACACCUCCCCGUCUGCAGGUGUCCGGAGGGCUUCGUCGGUGAUCCUGAGAUUGAGUGUCGACCUUCGACAGUGCCAAUUCCGGGCGGGGCCUCAAACUGGACCACAGGUGGCACUGGCAAGGCGUGCCGCACCCACCGGGACUGCGGGCCCGACCAGUGGUGCGAGGGCGGUCAGUGCCUCCGCCCAUGCCCCUCCGCGUGCCCUCCCACUGCCCUGUGCCGCGUGCAUGACCAGCGCCCCGUGUGCUCCUGCCCCGCCGGCGCCACCGGCAACCCCCAGGACCAGUGCCACCCAUUCGGCUGUGUGACAGACGAUGACUGCCCUUUCACUGAAAAAUGCUUCCGUGGUCAGUGCCGCAACCCAUGCAACGCUGGCCGCCCAUGCGCACCCACGGCCACUUGCACACCAUCCAACCACCACGCACUAUGCACAUGUCCACCUGGUUACACGGGAAGUCCAACUGACUCCUGUGAACCAGUGGGUUGUACCUCCUCUAACGAAUGUCCAAGCGACCAGGCCUGCUAUAGGGGAUCCUGUGUGAACCCCUGUGUCCUGGACUCCCCCUGUGGCCCUGGCACCUCCUGCCUUACCACUGGCCACACUGCCACGUGCGCCUGUCGCCCUGGGCUUUUCGGAGACCCGCAUAUUUCAUGCACUGUCCCAGGAACCGCGGCGCCACAGUGCAAGACAGACUUUGACUGCGUAGGAACUAAGGGUUGUAUUGAUGGAACAUGCAAAGACCUGUGUACAUAUCUGCGACCUUGUGGCGAAAACGCUCUCUGCCGCACUAUAGACAUGGCCAAUUUGCGAACAGUUUCUUGUGAGUGCCCACCAGGUCAUACUGGAAGUGCCUACGAAAAGUGCCAAAAAGUAGAUGAAGAACAGCCCAAGUGCCAACUAGAUGCCGAGUGUCCCUUGUUCGAAGGUUGCAUUAAUGCACAGUGCAAGGAUCCGUGCGAAGAGAACCCGUGCGCCCUGAAUGCAGAGUGCCGUGCAGUCAACCACCGUGCCAUCUGCUACUGUCCUCCUGGCUACACCGGGGACGGACACACAACCUGCUCUCGCCUGGAGUGCAGCCGAGACACCGACUGCCUCGAGGAUAGCGUUUGCUUCAACAACAGGUGUACUUUGACUUGCACUCUCUCAAGGCCGUGUGGCACAAAUGCGAAGUGCCAGGCCGCCUUACACAAAUCAGAGUGUCAGUGCCUCCCAGGCUACACAGGAGACCCUUACACAGUGUGCUCAAGCGUUCAGUGCACCUCAGAUGACUCCUGCCCUUCCACACACGCUUGCUAUGGCAAGAACUGCGUGGACCCAUGUCAGCAAGACCAGCCGUGCCUUCCGACACAGGAAUGUAAAGUCGUUAAUCACAAGCCCGUCUGCAGCUGCCCCGCUGGCUUCACCCAACAGACAGACAAGUGUAUUCCUGUAGGUCCUGGAUGUUCUGUUGAUAAUGACUGCAAUCCCGGUGAGGGUUGUUUGGACGGAAGAUGUACGGACCUUUGCCGAGAUAAUCCCUGCGGGCUAAAGGCAACCUGCACUGUGCAAAACGGCCGCCCUCUGGCCAGUGUCUUGUGCCAGUGCGGGCCGGGCCUGACUGGAGACCCCUUCAGGGAAUGCGUCACCGUGCCAGCCCCCAGUCCAGGCUGCACCACAGAGUACGACUGUCCAUGGGCUGAGACCUGUGAAGACGGCCGCUGUGUAGACCCUUGCCAGACCACUCGCUGUGCUCCAGGGGCCAUCUGCCGUGCCCUUGGACACCGUGGGGUCUGCUCCUGUGCUGCUGGCUCCCAGGGAGAUCCCAACGUCCUCUGCACGACAAUUGGCUGUACACAAAGGUCAGAUUGCCCGGUGGAAGAAGCAUGUGUCAAUGGACGAUGCGUGGACCCAUGCAAGGAGAGCAACCCCUGUGGCCCGAACGCCAAAUGCCGAACCACCAAGCAAGGCCCAGUAUGCACGUGUCCUGAAGGCUUCGAGGGUGAUGCCUAUAUCAGGUGCCAACCGUCAGGCUGCCAGAAGAACUCCCAGUGCCCCGUCAGCCAGGAGUGCCGCGAGGGAGAAUGCAUGGACCCGUGUGACCUCCAGCAGUGUGUAGCCAAUUCUGAAUGUGUUGUACAGAAUCACCGAGCAACAUGCAAGUGCCUCGAAGGGUACAGUGGGAACCCUGACCGAUUCUGCUCCCCACCGCCCACUGCAGGAUGUCGCAGUGACAAGGACUGCCCUUCUUUGCAAGGUUGCAUUGAGGAAAAGUGCCAAGACCUUUGUGAGGUGAUUCACCCUUGUGGCACCAGCGCCGUGUGCAAGGUCAUUGACAACAGACCUUUCAGAGCGAUGUCCUGCUCUUGCCCCGACGGAUACGAGGGCGAUCCCUACUAUGCUUGUAUUGCAGUAACUGAGGAAGACUGCAGCACUGAUCUCGAGUGUCCCUUGCGAUUCUCUUGCGAGGCAGGGAAAUGCCGAAAUCCCUGUCCCGCCGGAUGUGGCACCAAUGCCACGUGCUCCGUCCUCAACCAUCGUCCUGUGUGCCACUGUCAGCCAGGCUAUGCUGGUAUUCCAGAGGAAGGAUGUUAUAAGAUUGAUUGUGAAACUGACGAUAACUGCCAAGACUCAGAAAUCUGCAGACAGAACGUUUGCGUCGAUCCGUGUCGCAAGGACAACCCCUGCCCACCAAGUGCCAAAUGUAUCACUGCCAAUCACCGUGCUCAGUGCCAGUGCCCCCCAGGUACCUCAGGGAACCCACAGGUGUCCUGCCAGCUGGUGGAAUGCACGGCGGACCUGGACUGCAAGAGCUUCGAGGCUUGCGUCAACGGCGAGUGCAAGGACCCCUGCUCCUACUAUAACCCAUGUGCCGUCGGCGCCACGUGCAGAGUCGCCAACCACGAAUACGCUUGUACGUGCCCGUCAGGGCUUCAGGGCGACCCGAGGUUCAGCUGUGUGGCCCCGAAAGAUCCUCUGGGGUGUGUUGUGGACAAGGACUGCCCCGACACGCACGGCUGCAUCCUCAGCUCGCUCGUGACACGCUAUCACAGCAAGAUUUCCGCCGUGUACGUCCGCUUCGACGAUAAGGAUUCCGGCGCGACUUGCAGGGACCUCUGCGAGGAACACAAGCCGUGCGGCCCCAACGCCGUCUGCUCGGUCAUUGACUCCAAGCCUCGGCGCUCCAUGAGCUGUGCCUGCCCGCCCGGCUUCCACGGCGACGCCAAGAUUGAAUGCCGAGAAAUUCCAUCUCAAGGAGGAUGUGUCCGAGAUACAGACUGUCUCUUCAGCGAGGCCUGCAUCGAAGGGCUUUGUCGAGACCCUUGUAAUUGUGGUCUCAACGCCCAGUGCCACGUGUCGCAGCAUCGCCCAUACUGCAGCUGCCCAUUCGGUCACGCUGGCGAUCCCAACGUUGCUUGCUACAGAACCGAAUGCAAUAGUGACGUUGACUGUCCGAGCGACAAGGCCUGCGAGGAUCACGAGUGCGUGGAUCCCUGCGCGAGCGAGGAGGCCCCGUGCGCCCCCUCCGCCCUGUGCCGAGUGCUCGGACACAAACCGCAGUGCUCGUGCUCGCCGGGGGAGCGAGGCGACCCCAAGAUCCAGUGUCUGGCGAUUGCCUGCAGAAGCGACUCGGAGUGUCCUCACAACCUGGCGUGCAAGGACGACCAGUGCAUAAACCCGUGCGAGAGAGACGCGUGUGGCGUGGGCGCCGUGUGCUCAGUGACGGCCCACAAGCGCGCUUGUCAGUGCUUGGAAGGAUAUUCGGGCGACCCAGAGGUGGCGUGCCGCCCGCAAAGCUGGGCAUGCGUGGUGGAUCAUGACUGUGGUGUGGGAUUGGUGUGUGUGCGUGGAGGGUGUGCCGACCCUUGCAAGCAGGAAAGGCCGUGCGCAGCCAAUGCAAUGUGUACUGUGCAAGAAACAAGACCCAUCAAGUCCGUGACCUGCACGUGCCCGGCAGGGUUCACAGGCGACGCGGAAGUCCAGUGUCGCAAAAUAACCCCCCCACCCGAGGCACCCUGCUCACGUGACAGCGAGUGCCCGGACGCCCUGGCCUGCCUGGAGGGCCAGUGCCUCGACCCGUGUGCGUGCGGGGAGGGCGCCCUCUGCCGAGUGACCAACCACCACCCAGUGUGUUCUUGCGCACCUGGGUACCGCGGAGACCCUUACACUGCGUGCUACGACACGGGCUGCCGAACAGACUCGGAAUGCCCAGCGACAGACAGGUGCUAUAACGGAGAGUGCGUUAACCCGUGCUACGUCAGGAACCCGUGUGCAAUUAGUGCCGAGUGCUUUGCAAACCAACACGAGGCACAGUGCCGCUGCCCAGCCGGCCUGGAGGGCGACCCGUAUGUAAAGUGCGAGAACCUGAAGUGCCGCGCCGACCACGAGUGCCCAGAUGACAGAACUUGCAAAAAUGGAUAUUGCGUAGAGGCUUGCCUGUAUACCAGCUGUGCCUCGGACGCCACCUGCAGGCCAGAGAACCACCGCGGCGUGUGCGUGUGUCCCCCGGGCUCCAAGGGCGAUCCGACGUUCAGAUGCCAAACAGACGAAGGCCCUAUAGAGCCAGCCUGCAAGGCGGACGUAGAUUGCAUAAAGGGAAUGGCCUGCAUCAAUGAUCGGUGCCAGGACCUGUGUGCCACCCAGACCUGCGGGGAAAACGCACAGUGCCGCGUUGUGGAGUCUCUGCCCUUCAGGACCAUGGUGUGCGAGUGCUUGCCGGGCUACAAGGGCGACGCCCACACGCAGUGCAGGCGCAUUCCAGAGGAUGAGGAUGGUUGUGUGCGAGACAGCGACUGUGGAGAGGAAUUGGCAUGCAUAGAGAGGUCAUGCCGUGACCCCUGUGACUGCGGGGUCAAUGCCCUCUGUACUGUUGUCAACCACAGACCUAUCUGUACCUGUAGUCAGGGCUAUGAGGGUAACCCCCACACUGCUUGUGUUGCCACUGGCUGCACGAGCGACGCCGAGUGCUCCGACGACCGCAAGUGCUACCAGGGCAAUUGCGUGAACCCGUGUCUCGUUGACAACCCCUGCGCGCCUAGGGCCGAGUGCCAGCCCAUCGCCCACGAGGCAAGGUGCUUCUGCCCGUCCGGCACCCGCGGCGACCCCCUCACCCAGUGCGUGGUAAUCGGGUGCAGGGCCAACGGCGACUGCCCCGCCGACCGCAUGUGCUUGAACGGGCGCUGCCUCGACCCCUGCGUGCACAACAACACGUGCGCCCCCAACGCGCAGUGCAGGAGUGUCAACCACGGCGUCGAGUGCCGCUGCCCGCCGGGCCUGGAGGGAAUACCGUCGCUUGCUUGCAGCGAGAAGCAGCGGCGGGACUGCCGCUCGGAUUACGACUGCCAGUCAGGUUAUGCUUGCAUGGAGGGCGAGUGUAAGAAGCCAUGCGAAGAGCUGGCUCCGUGCAAGAACCUGACGGUGUGCACCCUGGUCGACACGAGGCCCCUCAGGACCAUGACCUGCACUUGCCCCGAACACAUGGUUGUGUCAGAUCAGGGCCAGUGUGUUGACUUGGACCUCCCAAUAGGCGUCGGUUGCCGUGCUGACAACGAAUGCCCGAGUGACAACGCCUGCCUCAACACCCGGUGUGUGACCCCCUGCGACUGCGGACCCAACGCCGAAUGCCACGUCAAGAACCAUCGCCCCGUCUGCACCUGUCUGCCUGGAUUCCAGGGCAACCCCAACACUGGAUGCUUCAAGGUGGGAUGCAGUGUGAACGAGGAGUGUCCGCUGGAUAAGAUGUGCUCCAACGGCGUGUGCGUCAACCCAUGUCUGGUGAACGACCCGUGCGACAUCACCGCCGAGUGCUACCCUGAGCAGCACACUGCCAAGUGUCGCUGUCCAACUGGCCUUGAGGGCGACCCAUACAUCCGCUGCGAAGUGCUGGGCUGCCGCAGCAACUCCGAAUGCCCCACUGAUAAGGCAUGCAUCAAUCGACAGUGUGUGAACCCAUGCCUCUACAGCAACAACUGUGCCCCCAACGCAGAGUGCUACGUCUUCCAGCACACCGCAGGCUGCCGCUGCCCGAAGGACAAGCCCUACGGCGACCCACGGUUCAUGUGUGAGGACAAGUCCAUCCAGGUGGAUGAGCCCAAGCCCGAGUGUCGUGUGGAUGCUGACUGCCCGAGCCAGCGCGCGUGCAUUGACGAGCACUGUAUGAACCCAUGCCAUGUCCUCAACCCAUGCGAUGACACCGCCCUGUGCGAAGUCGUGGAUUCAGUCCCCGUUCGCACCAUGAUCUGCAUCUGUCCCGAAGGCUUCGUCAUGACAGAUGAAAGCAAAUGCAAGCUUGUCGAGAAGGAAGUCAUCCCAGGCUGCCGCGCCGACUCAGAGUGUUCUGUCGUGGAAGCCUGCAUCAACCGCAUGUGCCGCAGCCCGUGCGACUGCGGCCGCAACGCGAUCUGCGAGAUCAUCAAUCACCGGCCCGUGUGCACCUGCCAAGUUGGCUUCCAGGGCAACCCCGACAUCGGUUGCUUCCCAGUCGGCUGUCAGCAAGACGCUGACUGUGAGGACGACCAAGCCUGCUACGACGGCGUGUGCGCCAACCCAUGUUUGGUCGACGAUCCUUGCUCCAGAAAUGCCGAGUGCUACGCUGCACAGCACAGAGCACAGUGUCGCUGCCCGUCAGGCCUUCAGGGCGAUGGCUACACUGAGUGUCUGGUCAUCGGCUGCAGGGCUGACUCCGACUGCCCGCGCGACCGCGGCUGCAUCAACAGCCAGUGCGCCGACCUCUGUGUGUACGAAGAUCCCUGCUCUCCCUCUGCUGAAUGCGUCAACCACGAGCACGAAGCCCGCUGUCGCUGCCCGCCCGGCACCACAGGCAACCCCAAGGUCCAGUGCAUUCUCCUCGUGGAACCCGAGUGCCGCGUCGACGGCGACUGCGAGAGCCAGCUCGCCUGCAUCGACGAGCGCUGUGUCAACCCGUGCGAGGUGCUGGACCCGUGCGACGACACCGCCAUCUGCCAGGUGGUCGACACGCUGCCGGUCAGGACGAUGCUUUGCGUGUGUCCCGACGGCAUGAUCAUCGAGCAGGGUGGCUCGUGCGACCUGGCGCCGCCCAUCAAGCCUGGCUGCACGGCAGACCCCGAAUGCCCCUCCGACAAGGCGUGCUUCAACGGCUUCUGCAAAGACCCAUGCAUGUGCGGCCCCAACGCCGUCUGUGAGAUCGUCGAGCACCACCCCGUGUGCUCGUGCAAGCGCGGCUACGAGGGAGACCCGGAGAUCCGCUGCGACGAAAUCAGCUGCUACGGCAACGACGACUGCCCCACGACGCACGCCUGCCGCAACGGGCAAUGCGCCCCCGUGUGCGGCCCCGACAACGAGCCGUGCGGCGAGGAGGCUGUGUGCCAGGGAGUGAGCCACGAGGCCGUGUGCUACUGUCCCCCGGGCUCCCGCGGCAACCCGCGCACUCAGUGCAUAGCCAUCGGCUGCGCAUCGAACGACGCCUGCCCCGGAGAUCGCAGCUGCAUCAACCAGCGCUGCGUGAGCCCCUGCAGUCUCGACCCGUGCGAGGAGCCGGCCACCUGUCGCGUGGCCGACCACCGACCCGACUGCCCGUGCCCGCCAGGGUUCAACGGCACCAGAGACAACGGCUGCGAAAAGAUCGUCCUGGGCUGCCGCAGCGACGGCGACUGCCCCAGCAAGACGGCCUGCAUCAACGGCGAGUGCAUCGACCUCUGCGGCCUGGAGCCCUGCGGAGAGAACGCCGAGUGCCGAGUGAUCGACACCGUGCCCAUCCGGACCGUGGCGUGCGAGUGCCUGCCUGGUUAUCAAGGCGACGCGCUCGAUAACGCCAUUAUAGUUUAUAUCGCUUUCCUGAUUUCUUAA